AUGGAAAGUUUACAAGCAUUACAAUGGUUUUUUGGAGCUGAAACAAAUCUUAAAAAUUCAUGCUCAAAUAUGAAUACAUUUUUAACAAUAAUCAUCUAUACACAUCUUCAAUUACAACCAUUAAUAUAUGCUUCAUUAUCUACUAAAAAUGAUAAUCGUUUUGCUUGGUAUAUGUCAUUAUGUACUUUCGUCGUAGCUAUGGCGAAUUUUAUUGCUGGUUUUUAUAUAAAAGCUAGUGGUUUAGAGUCCAUGUCGCUUAAUGAACAAACAAAUUAUGGUUUACGAACAUGUACUUAUGAAGGUAAAGAUAAUCAUCUUGUAUGGAAAUUUGCUAUAGCGUCAUUUCAACUUCAACCAAAUCAUUUUGUAUUUAUGGCAACAAUUACAAUAACGUUUAUGUUACAUUAUGAUCGUAUACUUCAAUCAACGAUUUGUAUUCCUUUUUAUCUAACAACACUUAUUAGUCUUUGGUCAAUGGGUGGUGUUAAUGCUGAAUUCUCUGCUCAGUGGUGUCUAAUAGCUGCUUUUGUUAAUAUUCCUAUCGUUAUUUAUACAACUAUACAUGCAAAAAACAAAAAAAAACAAAAUUGA